CCCCUCCCGGUUUCCCCCGGCGUACAGAGGCCUCCGAAACUCCCAUCUUCCUCGUCCUCUCGCUCAGCUCAGGAAGAUAGAAAAGGAAAGCUAGGGUUUUGUUUCAUCCUGGUUCGAUGGCGAUGCACGCGGGGGUUGGACUUUCUAAAGCCGCGUUCUUGAUAGGGGCUGGUUUCACGGGAUCAAUACUGCUGCGUAACGGGAAGCUCUCUGAUCUAAUAGGCGAUCUUCAGAAUUUGCUGAAGUCGGCAGAGGAGAAUGGUGUUGAUUCUACUGAUUCUGUUGUUGCACAGGUCAACAGAUUGGCCAUGGAGAUUCGUCAACUUGCUUCGGCACGUUCAAUUACUGUUGUGAAUGGUGGUGGUUCAGGGGAAGGAAAUUUGACAACAUUUUUGGUGCCAGCUGCAACAUUGGGUGCCUUAGGCUAUGGCUAUAUGUGGUGGAAGGGCCUCUCAUUCUCUGAUCUUAUGUAUGUUACUAAGCGUAACAUGGCAAAUGCUGUUUCAAACAUGACAAAACAUCUGGAACAAGUUUCAAACGCUCUUGCUGCGACAAAGAGGCAUCUAACACAGAGGAUUGAGGGCCUCGAUGGAAAGCUUGACGAACAGAAAUUGAUAUCGAGCGAAAUAAAAGAUGAGGUCACCAAUGUUCGUGGAACACUUGAGAAUAUCGGUUUCGAUUUGACCUCUCUUCAACAAAUUGUUUUUGGCAUUGAUGGCAAGAUGAGUGUAAUUGAAAAGAAGCAGGCAUUUCUGUGUGCUGGUAUUCUGCACCUCUGUAAUAUUUUUCCAGAUAAAGAUGGAAAAAUGCGUGAGCUUUUGCAGGAUGGGCCAAAGCGUUCUACUUUGCGUGGAUAUCUUCUACCUGGAGAAGAAUCUGGAAAUUUAAAGGGAUUAAAACACAUUUUGCAAGCUCUAGAGACAGGAAACAUGGAGACCGCCAAUUUGGACGGUUUAUGGCCAAACAAUUCGGAUUCAUCGGAGACUAUGAAGGGUUUUUCAAGGACUGCUUCCAUUAAAUGCUGAAAGAGGAGGGACUGUGUAAAAAGAAUGCAAUUUAGCU